AAAAGAAACAUUGCCGUUUUUUCUGACACCCUCUCCUUCACAUGCGUAUGCGACAAGUUGGAGAAGUGGAAUAUUAUAGGACGAGCUACAUCUAGAACGAGCCAAUCGUCGACUCUCUGUCACGAGACAACGAAUAGGAAUCAGCAGCUAAAUCGUUAAGCAAGGGUUAUUAUUCACAUGAUAGAAAUAAACGCAGCGAUUGGGUGAACAAAAGAGUAGAAGAGGUAUCAGAAUUGACUUAGAACAGACAUACUUGCUCUGUUGCCGACCACUUCUCGUUAAACGAGCAAACUUAACAGAUGUAUCUAUAACCAAUCGUACGGAUUUACUUCAGUGUGUCUAUAAAUUUAAAUCGAAUUGACAACAAUAUUCAAAUUAUUACUUUUUACUCGUAAACCAUCAGAUAUAAUAGUUAUAAAUUAAAUUUACUUUUGUUUUAUUAGUUUUACUUUCACGUAAAGGGUUUUAAUUAGACGACAAUGAAUUUUAGCAAAGUUAUUAUUUUGAGUUUAGUUUACAUAGGCGCAACAUGCAAGGAUUACAAGUUUUAUACUUCACCUGGGUCGAGGAGUCCACCAAUGUCACUCGUUCAUAUGAAUCAACUACUUGAAUUAUGUUAUGCUGACGGUAUGAAUCCGGUCGCCAUUACACCGAACUUAGUUGAAACGAUUAUUAUGAAGACAACUGUCACGAUAAAUGCACCUAAUGUUGUUAUCAAUAAUAUGUUUGUCGCAAAAGAUAUCCAACACUAUUAUCCAUCGUAUCCUCUGUAUGUCUUAAAGGUGAAAACGACUCAACAAUUGGAAAAUCUACUCAGAAAAUUGAAGUCGUCAACGUUCUGGAGUAUUAAAUCAUGGUUCUUUGUUAUUGGUAACUCUCGAAAAUUCUGUCUGGAUGCAUCUGAAAUACUAUACUCACUUUGGCAAUUUGAACUAUUAUCAUCAUUCGUGAUUUGCACUGACUCUAACAAUAUAACCAGCCUGUACACUUAUAAUCCAUUUACGGCACGAGCACCAGAUCCAUGGCAGACAGUUGAAAGAACACACAAUGAAAAAUCGAGAUGGGUGGUAUACCGACAGCCUUUUGUUAACGAUCCUCAAAUAUGUAGGACUCUUAUCUUUGACAAGACCAAAUUCCUCGAUGGUUACCCCGUCAAUAUUGGCAAAGAUACUACGCCGUUCGGAACAUUAAGGAAAUACGUGUUUCCGAGCUUAAAUAUGACUGAGAAUAUAACCUCGUUUAAAAGGACCAAAGGUUUUGACCUGCUUCAAAACUCAUUGAUAAACGGUGAACAAGAUAUCAGUACAACCGCUUAUAGGAUUGAUUUACCACAUAAUAAGUACGUAGAUAUAGUUCCAGUAAAUUUAGAAUUCACUCUCGCCAUCGUAACACAAAAGAGAACUUUUAUAUCAUCAUUCCGUGAAAUUAUUUACCUGAUUGACAUUAACUCUUGUAUUGCGAUCAUAAUUAUAUUAUUAUUUAUGACUAUUAUGAUUAUAUUGCACAAUGAAUAUCAGGUUGACCUAGCGAUUUUCGAUAUCUUGAGAUUACUAUUAAACAUGUCUAUAUUAGCACCUCUCCGCCGAUUUCGAAUGAAAAUCAUGUUUCUUAUGGCUUUUUCGUUUGUUUUUGUAUUCAACCCAGUGUUCCAAGGACAACUAUUCGCGAUCUUAACUCGGCCAUCAUCUCAUACCAUCGAAAGCUUUCGCGAUCUGUACAUUCAUCGAUAUCAUGUACAUUAUUGUUUUGAUAAACAUAAUGAGAUUAUUGAUCAGCAAUUAUGGUCGACAGUUGAGGAGAUGAGAUAUUUACAUCCUGAAUCAAAUUUUUCUCCCGACGACUGUCUGAAACUGGCUACCGAAGAUCAUACAGUUGCUUGCGUGUACCAAUCUGAAUUUAUUGUAGAAAAAGCGUUGAAUCGAAACUUGUAUGUUUCGAAGAAUUUCGUGCUUAAAAAUAAUUUUGUCUUCCGGACACGAAAGAAUUGGGCGGUGAAAGACCGAUUAGAUAAGAAGGUUUUGAACGUGAUUGAAUCAGGUUUUCUUAGUAAAAAUAAAAGAGAUACUCUUAAUAAUCACUUGGAGAAAAGCAGAGCUCAAGAUCGAAAGAAGAAAAUUAUGGAUUUCCAAGAAGUUGAUGCAAUAGAUUUAGAAUAUUUAUAUGUGCUCAUGAUAUUUCUUUAUGCCCUUGCUGUACUUAUCUUUGGCAUUGAAUAUCUUAUAGGAAGGUUCCGUCAUCCAAGAUAAUACUAAGAUAUUUAUGGCUCCAUUUCAUUCUUGUAAUCAGGCAUAGAUGUAGAGUCAUUUUCCUUCGAAUAAUUAUCAUAAAAACUUCACUUUCCUUCUCAAAGUUAUUAAAUGAAUUAAAGACGUCAGUGGGGAAAACAAAUUUAAUAAACACGUUUGUGAUUGUAAUUUUUAAGAAUAUUUAUAAUGAAAUCAUUCAUAUUUUUCUUAUUGGAAUGAUUUAACUGUUUCUACGUUUAUUCUACAGUCCCCCUUAAAGUUCAUAAAUAAUGUUACACGGAGAAAAAAUUAUAGUAACUGUUCCUAAUACGUUUAUGAAAUAUCAUCCCAUACCGUUAUGGUAAUGAUUACUUGGGAUUAUGGGAUAUAGACCCAUACUUUCUGGGAAGGUUUCCAUGAAUAUGGUAACAAUUCCUAUCAUUAUGGUAACAGUUCCCAUAUCGCAUGUGAAAGAACCAUGGUAAUGAUUACCAUACUCAUAGGAAUAGUUCCCAUAAGCAAAUAGGAACCAAUCCUAUAACCACAUUGUAACGGUUCCUAAGCGUAUAUGGUAAUGGUUACCAUAAUAUUAUGGUAAUUGUUCCUGUAAUAUUAUGGUAACCAUUCCCAUAAUAUGAUAGUAACUAUUCCCAUAAUAUUAUAGUAACCAUUACCAUAGGUACAUAGUAACGAUUACCAUAAUUCCAUAGGCACUAUUCCGAUACCAUAUGGGAAUUAUACCCGUAAUUACAGGAAUAGUUACCAUAAUAUAUAUGGGUGCCGUUCCUAUAAUCAACACUUCUAAAAAACCGGUUACCAUGCAGUAUGGGAAUUAUUCCCAUAAUAUAUUGUAACUAUUACUAUAAUUUUCUCUCCAUGUCGUAAUGAUAUAAAUUGGAAGAGAGGAAAAAUGAACCAAGUAAAAAUAGAAAAGGAAUAAAUUUAAGAUCACUAUUAAAUUUUGUUCAAAAAUAAUUCUCAACAUCAAUGGAACUUUAAAAAUUUUUAAGGCUCAUUUUUCCUCACUUGUAUACUAUUGCCAUAAAAUUUUCCAAUCCUGACAAAGUAAACAUGUAACAGCUGUAUUUUAUUUUUGCUAAUCAAUAUCAUGUAUGUAUAAAGUCAUGGCCAAUGUUACAUAGAUGAAGAAAUGACAUUGAAUUAUACCAAGAGCUAAACCAUGUAGUAUUAUUGAUCCUUUUGUGCUUCGUUUACAUUUAUAAUAACAUUUGUGAAAAAUUGUACUCUGUACUGUGAAUUAGAAAUUGAAUAAAUUUUAUGGUUGAGAAACAAAGAAGCACAAAUUUAUGCCAACAAAGUUAAUUUAAAUAAUUAAUUUUUUUAAAUUUUGCUAUAGUUUUCAGUCAUUAAAGUCGACAAUUUUUUGAACUGA